UUUGUGUCAGUGUUCUCAAACUGUUUAUGGCGUUUAUGGCUGUUUUGCUUUCGACGGAGUUCUCCAGAUUAGUUUGAAAUCUUUACCAGAAUAAAGUGCAAUGUCGGAUCCACAUGAUGAACUUUGUCCACCGAACAACCCCGAAGACGAUGAGUUAACUUUGCCACGAGCCAGCAUCAAUAAAAUAAUCAAAGAACUGGUCCCAUCCAUAAGGGUGGCCAACGAAAGCCGGGAACUGAUUCUCAACUGUUGCACGGAAUUCAUUCACCUAAUCAGUUCGGAAGCGAACGAGGUUUGCAACCAGCGAAAUAAGAAAACCAUCAACGCCGAGCAUGUUCUGGAGGCCCUCGAUCGAUUGGGCUUCAAAGACUACAAACAGGAAGCGGAAGCCGUGUUGAAUGAUUGCAAACAAGUGGCGGCCAAGCGACGAAGACAGAGCACCCGGUUGGAGAACUUGGGCAUCCCAGAGGAAGAGCUUCUGCGACAGCAGCAGGAACUGUUUGCCAAGGCGCGGGAGGAACAGGCGGCUGCCGAACAGCAACAGUGGUACAGUCUGCAGCAAAAUGCCGAGCUCUAUCAGAAGCAGACGUCUCAGGAUGAGGAUGAUAGCGAUGAUUAUUAGCUGAAAUAGGGUUCUUGGGAUAAUUGACGAUUGUAUUCGUGACUAGAUAUUAAAGGAAUUGGAUUUAUGGGUAGGA